UUUUCUCUUCAUCUCUACUUGUAGACAAAUAACACGAUACCAAAUUAGACAGAUCUAACUUCAUUUAUUUAAUCAAUCGCUAUUUCCAAAACAAGCACUUCGCAUUAUUCCCUGUUAAUUCACCUUUAAUAAUUUCGUGUUUUUUUUUCUUUCUUCUUAAAUAUAAUGACAGCCAGCUUGCGAUUCCUUAAAUAACUUUAAAAAAAAGAAAAAAGAACUUCAUUCAUCCAUGUGAUUUAACUGAGUAUCUUUCUCGGCUGCUGUUGUUAUAUAUAUUUAUUGUGGCUUUGUUACAGUCGUUAGUUUUUAGCAGCCAAGAAAACAUUUUAUUUCUUCUCUGUGAAUGCCAUGUUUUCCUUGUGUAUUUGUGUGUGUAUAUGUUUGUGUUUGUACAUGGGUGUAUGUGUCUGUGAGAGAGUGUGUGUGUGUGAUGUCUUUUCCAAGAAUGAUGGCCUAUUUGUUUUUAGCUCCAGUUCAGCACUGUUCUAGCAGACAUAUGAACAUAGGCAUUCCAGCUGUGACCAUCCCGUCUGUUUAUGGAUCUGAGAUUUAGCUGCUAUUUGGGAGUUAAGUGGACGUCAAUUCUAAAACACGAUUGUUUAGAGAGAGAGGUGGUGGUGAUGGUGGGAGACUAUUUAUUGUGGUAAGCUCUAACUACCAUUAUCUUAGUGACCACUCUCCACUGUCAUCAGGUAUGUUCAUCUACAUUUAUAGUCAGUCCUUUGGAGCCAAACCGAACCUACCUCAACAACAGGAUGUCUAUAGGGUUCUCUUCCAGUUGAACUUAACUUGACAUGUCUAGACUUUUCCAAUCUCUGCAGGUCUGGACUACGGAACUUAAUUCUCUGCCUUCUGGAACCCAUCUACCUCUGUCUGUAGCGAAAGCUUUAUGAAAUUAUCAUGUGUUGUAACACAACAGCUGCCUUGUUUGUUAUGAAAGCGGCUGGGUCUGCUAUUGGGUUGUCAUGUUUCAGACCCUGACAGAUUGCUAUUGAGAUGGCGAGAAUGUUAUAGAUCAGGUUCCAACCAUGAACAAGCAGUGACAGCUUCGUAGGGAGGACUAAGAUGGUUCACUUUCCUUGUUCUUUGAUAAGGUAAAUCCUCCAGUUUCCACAGAAAGAUAAAAGAUGAUGAGCAGGAAGUGAACAAUGAGGAGGAUGCUCAGAACUGGUCUGUUAAUUAGUCCAUCUGCUUCAAUACCUUAAUUAACAGCCAUCAGUAGCAGCAGCAGCAGCUGUAGAUAAAGUCUAAUGUUUAACUGGAAAAGAUGAGGAAAUAUUAUUUAUAAAAUUAAUUGUGAAGUGAACCUGAAGCAAUAUGGCAGGUGUUGAUCUCUUGAGACUCUUGGACACCCAUGAAUUGUGACCAACAUCUCUCUGUCAUCUUAACACCAACUGUAUUGAUGACAGCUAAUCAACCAUUAAUAGCUAACACCAUCAGCUGUUUUAUUAAUAAUAACUCCACUUUCAGGAUUGUUAAUCAACCAUUAACAGUAAGCACCAACUUCACUGACAGAUCCCCUGUAAUGACAACUAAUCAAGCAUCAACUAUGAACACUGUGAUGUUAGUACCUUCCCUCUCAUGACAGUCAUAUAAAUAUUAACAGUGAACAUCAAACUCCUUUGGACAACAAACAGUGAAGCAUUAACAUUGAACAGUGACUUGUUUAACAGUCCUGGUUCUGGUCAGUCGUUAAUUGCUUUGAACAGGUGAACUGUUAAAGAUGGAGGAAAAGCCCUACAAAUGUCAAGAUUGUCAUGAGGCUUUCUCUGACCAAUCAGAUUUAGACUUGCAUGUUGCAAAUAGCUGCGAAGACCAGGACCGGAAAGAGUCCAGUCAAUUCUUGAAGGCUUUUGGUUUGAGACAGAAAGGGAAAGUGUUAGAAAAAACUCAAGUGGAAAAAAAAGUGGAAAUCUCAGAUAAUAGUGUGGAAAACUUGCCUCCAACUGAGUCGAAGAAUAUUAAUGGUUCCUAUGGUGUUAGAAAACGGAAAACAUACAAAUGUGAUACUUGUGAGAAAGUAUUUUCUCGGAGUGAUCAUUUGAAAAUGCAUAAAUUAAGUCACUCAGAUGUACGGAGCCAUGUCUGUGAAAUCUGUGGGAAAGCCUUUGCCCAGGCUGGGAUAAUGCGUAGCCACAUGAGAAUCCAUGCCAGUGUGAAGCCCCAUGUUUGUAAAGUGUGUGGUAAGUCGUUUGUUCGUAGUUUUGCUUUGGAAGGCCAUGUCAGGAUUCAUACAGGAGAGAAGCCGUUUGUGUGUUCGAUUUGUGGAAAAACUUUCUCGCAAAAAUCUGGCUGGAUAAGCCAUACAAAGAAUCACCUUGACAAGAAGGCACAUGCAUGUGAUGUAUGUGGUAAGUCUUUUUCACAAACCUAUGCUCUAAAGCGCCAUAAAAAGACACACACAGGAGAAAGGCCGUAUGCUUGUACAAUCUGUGGCAAAACUUAUUCUCAGAAAUCAGGUUUGACAACACAUUUGAAGAACCAUUCUGGAGAAAAGGCCUACACAUGUGAGAUUUGUGGUAAACAGUUUACAUUAGUUCAUGUCCUCAAAAGGCAUCGACUCACCCAUUCUGGGGAAAAACUCUUUAAAUGUGAUACUUGUCAAAAACAUUUUGCUUGCAGCUCGUCUCUGAAAAUACAUGAAAGACUCCAUUCUGGCAAGAAAAUGUAUCAAUGUGAUAUCUGUGGUAAGGAAUUUGCCCAAGGAGGGCAACUGAAAUCUCACCAUGCCACUCACACCGGCAACAAACCAUUCAAGUGUGAAGAAUGUGGCAAAGGUUUUGCUUUAAAUUCCAUAUUAACAAAACACAAACGGGUUCACGCUGCCAUCAAGCCCUUUCCUUGCUCAGUGUGUGGGAAAGGGUUCACUCAAAACUUUACUCUUUUGUUACAUCUUAGGAUACACACAGGUGAGAAACCAUUCACUUGUGAGUUUUGUGGCAAACUCUUCUCACGUAAAGACGGCUUGGCCAUUCAUCGAAAGAAUCAUACAGGGCAGAAAGCAUUUACCUGCAGUUACUGUGGCAACACUUUUUCAAAGAGUUCGACUCUAAAGAGGCACGAAAUGAUUCACACGGGGGAGAAGCCUUAUUCGUGUUUGGAGUGUGGCGUGUCGUUUUCCCGCAAGGCACACCUAAAACGACACGAAGCUAUUCACAGGGCCACCGAGGCUUUUGUUGAGAAACCAGCUAUACAGAAUUGAACGUUUGUGAAAACAUUUAGUAAAUUGAAAUAUCAGACUAUGAAUUUGGGGUUUCCUGCAGGAAGGGAUCCCUCCCAACCGUACCCCUUGAAAAAAAAUAUCAUUGUCAACCAUAUCACCUCUAAAGUAACAUUUAAUAUCUUGUCAAGUCAGUGUCGAUAUUUUUUCUUAUCUAAUGUACCAAACUGAAAUGUGUUAAUGUGGUGGGUGCAGAGAUGGCUAGAUCAAAAGUUCAAUCCCAGCUGGCAUCAUCUGACAGUUUGCUUUCCUCUGUUGGACUGGGGCGUUUGAACAAAGGUGUGAGAAGGAAAUUGACCCAAAUGAAAAACAAAAACUAAACAAGGAAUAUCACAACAGUUGUCAGACAUCAACCCAUACCUGGGUUAACACCUGUGUCCAGUUGAUAAUAUCAUUAAUGACCUGCAUGCACCCACACCCUCACCUGUCUUUCCAUUUGUCAGGACUCCAUCAUAUCUUAUCCCUCCAUUUAUUCCUGUAACAGUAUAGGGCUGUGCUACAGUGACACAUACACACACAUACACAUACACAGAUACUUACACAGUGCAUACACAACCUUUACAUUCAGCAUGUAUACAUAUAUAUAUCUCACACACCCUCAAAAUGGUUACAUACAUCCAUACACACGUGCAUAUCCAUCCAUCCAUACUUACAUGCAUACAAAUGUUCAUAUACAUAUACUCAAUCAUCCAUCCAUAUAUACAUAUGUACGUAUGUACACUAACUUGUAUAACACGGGUGAGGUUCUACUUGGUUGCCCAGCUUGCUAGAAAUAGCUGCCAUAUCUCCCAUAAAUUCCACCCAGGCAUCUUAACUACAAACUUACAUCAAUCACCGAGAAACUUGGCUCCAAUCAAAUAGACUAAAACUCUAUCAUCUUCCUUCUUACAAUAUUUGACACCAAAGAUACAACCAGCUGACAGAUUGAGUCACAUAAAUAUACUGCAUAGAAUAUGAGAAUAUAGUAUUUAUUAUGUAUGUCUUUAUAAUAUUCACAGAAGUGUGGAAGAUAUUGUAAAGAAAGCAAAGUAAUACAAAAACACCCUUAGAACACUCACAGUGUAUAUAUAUAUAUAUA